AUGGGGCUCACCUUCUCGCGGAAAAUCUCAGGGCUUACAAAUUUGAAGGGCAGCGCCGCGCUCGGAAAGCGAGCAGCUAGCCACCGGGCCCCUUCCCGCCCCCUCCUCUCCCAGCCCCACGGUGCGCGCGCGUCCCCGUCGGGGGGCGCCGCCGCCGCCCUAGGUCUCCCUGCCGAGGCCCAUCUUCUGUCCUUCGCUCCCAGAACCGAAAUCCCAGAGCUGCAGUGCGACCGGCGAUCCCUCCGCUUCCUGCAGACGCCGCGGCGCACGCUCCCACCGCUCCCUCCCCCCGCGCUCGGGUUACAGCAGCCUUGCGGACACUGGAGUGCGCGGCCUGGCGUUCUCACCGGGAGGGAUUUGCGUCAGGCCGGAAUCCGGACCCCGGGCAUCCCAGGAGGCGCGGUCCGGCGGCCUCCAGAGCCGCCCCAGAACCGGCUGCCUCUCCCCCCGGCCGCCGGGGCCUCGGAGCCGGUCCCUGCAUCCCGAGAAGCUUCGGGAGAAACUUUGCCAACUUUGCUCUCGGCGAGGGAGAGGCCGCCCGGCCGGCCACGGCAGCUGCGACGCGCAGAGUGGGCCCCAAGUCAGGCCCUGGCACCCCGCAGCCUGCCGGGCCGCCCAAGGAGGGGUGCGAGGCCGGCGGGCGGCCCCGGGGUCCCCGCUGCGCCCCCGCGCGUCCCCCAUCUGGCCCGCGCCCCGGGGUCUCCGAGCCGCCGGAGACUCGCAGCGCACAGGAUGGCGGGUACGGAAAACCUGGCCUUCAGCGCAAGUGAUCUGAUUUUUCUUUACCUCGCCACGAUCAUCCUUUUCCCACCUGACUUGAGCUGUUCGACUGCCUCCCUCUCCUUUGUUUCCCUCGCCCCGUCGGUGUCUGUCUGUCCCACUUCCUAGGUAUUCGAUCUCUAAGCCAUUCCUUUUCAUUCUUUCCUCCGCGCUCCCCAUUUCGUUGUUUCCUUCGCUCCCCGGGACCACUUUGCAGUUACUUUACUCAGUUUUGCACCUUCUCCCUUCUCUUAUUUGGUCUCCUUUUAUCUCCGUCUGCCUCCGUGACCGUCCCUGCCCUCGCUCUCAUUUCUCCUUCCACCUUUUCUUUCUUUCGUUCAUCCUAAUCUGUUCCCUUCCCCUGUUCCUUGGUCGGCCCCUCAGGCUCUCUCCUCCGCGUGUAUCUUCUCUCUUCCCGUCUUCCUCCCCGGGACGUGUCCCCUCCCCCCGUGGAUCUGCCUUCCCCGCGGCGCCCCCUCCUCAUCCAUCUUGGGAGAUGAAUAUGUCGCCUUAUUGGAUGCCGAGGCCAGAGCCGGGUGAUGGGGCUCGGCCAGCCUCGCGCGUUUUCUUCAUGCAUAUUGAGGAGAUGGUAAUGAGCGCGUUUGCAUUGUUGCAUGGAAAUGCUGCGUUUCCGGCCGCAAUUCGGGGCCGGCGAGGGUGGCGCGGGCCCAAGAGAGCCCGCAGUGGGCACCUGGCCUGGUGGCCGCAGCUGGCCCUCCACGGGAUCGCCGGCAUCGGCCCCGGGGAGGAAGUGACCUCUCCGGAGGGCUCGGCCCGGCCGCCGCCUCCUUAGGCUGCUUCUCCACAAAGGCCGGCGCGCUCCCCCUCAUUAAGGCCUCGUUAAGGGACCCCCGCCUCGCUCGCGAAGGAUCCCUCAGGAUCCCUCGUGCCUGCCCCCCUCCACCCCCCAGCCCCGGCCGGCCCGUGGGCCUCUGGGCCCCCCUCCCCUGAUAUUUCGAGACCUGUGAUGGAGCGCCACCAGGAAAUGAGUGCCUGACCACGUCGUCUAGUGGCAAUAAAUUGUUUGCGGUUCCGAGGGACACGACGGCGCGGGAUCAAACACAGCCUCAUUGUGUGCCCUGCUCCGCUGGCUCCUGAAUCUGGAAGGGCGCAGCGGCUUCGCUGGGCCAGGGAAGGUGGCGCACAGGCCCCUGCGUUGUCCCUAGGUGGCUCCCGCCUGGGCUCAGCCUGACGGAGCGGACUUGGAGAACCCAGCCAUUCUAGAGGGGCCUGUCCCUCCCUGGGAAGGGAUGGGACCGGGCCUGCCUCUCAAAUAGGUGACGGUUUAUGAAGUCAGAAGCUUCCCGGAGCAAACUCUGAGUUGAGCUCGAAGGGAACUGAAUGCUGGAAAAGUCAGAAGGGCGCGGAUACCGAGCUCAGGUCCAGCCCAGCAGGGACCCUUGAGUGUUAGACAUUCGCCCUAAGCCCCCAUCGUCCUUCCAAUUCGAAGCCGGGAAAGCAGAGAAAACAUCUAGAUCUGGCCUUGUCUGAAAUCAGUGGUGUCGAGUUUCCCAAACUUCAAACCCUCCACUACCACCUCUACUGUUAUUUGUUUAACAUUUUUCCUUAAGUUGACUCAUUUUAAAUACUUAAAUACAUGUUUUGGGAAACAAAAACCCCAUACUGCUACUGUAAAUUGAAAAGCAGUUCUUACUCACCAUAAAGGGAAAUAGGAAAAGAUAAAAACAACUAAAAUCAAGUGAUCUGAAACAUUUGAGCCAUGUUGCUUGCUUGGGAAUCACUUCUAGAGUGUGUGUGUGUGUGUGUGCGUGUGUGUGUGUGUGUGCGUGUGUGUAUUGAUUAGCAAGUGUUGAGAGUAUUAAAUACUGGAUCUUUUUCAGAAGCGAUGAGCAAAUCGAAAAGGGAAUGCUUCUUAUUAUU